CUGAAGGCGCACGGCUGCUCAGUCGUCAGUCACUGCGUAGCGCGUUUCGAGAUCAGUUGGCCGUGCUCUUCGCUGCGUGCCGCCGACUUGCCGAGCUCUAACUUGCAUCGACUUUCUGUGAUAACCUGCGACUCACCGACUGCCACAAGCUCGGACACCCUCAACACUCAUCACCUCGGACGUUUUCCACUAGUUUCAUCACUUAUUACACACUUCAACAAACUUUCACGCCGAAAACUCAACGAUAGUGUCACGACUUGUUGUUACUCGGAGCCGAACAUCAUCUGAAAACAAACAAAGUGCGUUAAAUCUGAUUAAAGUUGUUUAAUGUGUGUUGGAGACCAGGCUUGGUGCUUUGGGCCAGCCUUGGUAGGCCCUGUAGGCCCCCUAGAGCCAUGCGACAUUGCCUCGGGCGCCGACUUUGAGCUAUGAAGUGAUGGAUAUUCAAGCCAUGCAGUCCAUGGACUGGCUUUUCAAGAAAGAAAGAAUCUACCUGUUGGCGCAAUUUUGGCAGCAGAGAGCGACCCUGGCCGAAAAAGAGGUGAGUGCUCUGAAGGAGCAGUUGUCCGUCGCCAACCAGAGCUCACUGCCCGAUUCCAAGAUGGCUGCCACCGCUACACCUGGUGAGGAGGCCAGUCGCUCCUCCAUCCAAGUGGAACUUUCCGCCAAGGACAAGGAGAUUUCACAACUGGUUGAGGAUGUACAGAGGCUUCAGUCAAGUAUAGGAAAACUUCAGGAAAACUCAUCAAAUCAAAUAGCUAGACUCGAAGAGGAACUAGAACACAAGCGACAACACAUCUGUAGGCUGGAGGCCAGAUUGGAAGCUCAAAGAGAUUAUGACGAAUUGAAAAGGCAAGUUAGCAUUCUGAGGUCGAUUGAACUGUCUCGAGGAGUAGACGGUGGAAAAUGCUUCGAAACACUGCUAUUUGAAAGGAGAAGAACUUUAAGAGUGGUUUACUGGUGUACAGGAGGAGGAGGUGGAGCAAAGCAGCAACCUCCGCCACCCCCGCCGCCGCAGCAGCAGCACAAGGAAGAGGAGCAGCCAGCAGAGGCUGAGAGGAUGAAUGGAGGCGCCUGUUCGCCCGCUGGCGACUCGGACGUGGUCUGCACGGGACCGCAGCUGGUCAACGGACUCAACAACAACGUGCUGCCUCUUGGAGCCGCACCUCUCGGCUUCCCCGAUGUCAUCAAGAGCCCUUUCCGGUUCGACGACAGGUCUCCGUUUCGCUUCAGCGACGACCCGGGCGCCAUCGUAGGUCGCUUCGGCGAGUCGCUCAUCCCGAAAGGCGAUCCAAUGGAGGCCCGACUACAGGAGAUGCUCCGCUACAAUAUGGACAAAUACUCGACGCAGAACCUCGACACUCUGCACAUAGCUCGUCGCGUGCGAGAGUUGCUCUCCAUUCACAACGUCGGCCAACGUCUGUUCGCCAAGUACGUGCUCGGCCUGUCUCAGGGCACCGUCUCCGAGCUGCUCUCCAAACCCAAGCCGUGGGACAAGCUGACUGAGAAGGGCCGCGACAGUUACCGCAAAAUGCACGCAUGGGCUAGUGACGAGAACGCCGUCCUACUGCUCAAAUCGCUCAUACCGAAGAAAGGUAAGGACACGGGGGCGGGGAUUGCGUCAGUGUUCUCGCGGGGUGACCCAGACAUCACCGAGGAGAGGAUUGCGCACAUUCUCAAUGAGGCCAGUCAGCUGAUGAAGCCACAGCCUCAAGGUCAUGACGACAGCAGGAGCAAUGAUGAUAGCAAAUCACCAAACCAUGGACAGGUAAACAAAUCGUUCAGCCCUAUUAUUAUUCAGCUGAUAUUCCCGCACUUUUUCGGCGCGGCAGCUGCAGCGGCAGGCGGAGAGGACCUCCGUGUGGCUCUGGACACCUACCAUCGCGAGCUGGCCAAGCUGAACGCCCAAGUCGGCUGUACAGGAGUCGCCAACACAGGUCUGUUUGCCUUGCAGCAGCAAGCGCUGAACCAGCCAAACCCUCACAACGGAAUGGCCCAAGACCUUUCGUUGCCCAAAAUAGAGAAGAAGACCGAUCAGCCAGGCAAACUGCCAAAUGGCGAUAUUGUAUCUGGCGAACAGGCACCGCUGAAGAAAGAAGGAGCGCCCGACUCUGUGGCCGAUGUGCUUCGCCAUUCCGGAAGUGCUUUCUCUCUAGUCAGGCCGAAAACAGAGCCUGGAAUGGGCCACGUUUCUGCUGGAAGCUCGGCUAGUUCACCGCUAGGAAACUCCAUCCUGCCUCCAGAGGAUUUUUCGCCGUCAGCGGCAGUGAGUCCCCUGCAGAGAAUGGCCUCCAUCACGAAUGCCCUCAUCUCGCAGCCUUCGACGCCGCACCACCACUCCCCUUCACAGCGUCCGCUCAAAGCGGUGCUGCCACCUAUCACUCAGCAGCAGUUCGACCAAUUCAAUAAUCUAAACACCGAGGAAAUUGUCAGAAAGGUGAAAGAACAGCUAAGCCAGUUCUCAAUAAGCCAGAGGCUGUUUGGAGAAUCAGUUCUGGGCUUAUCGCAGGGCAGCGUGUCUGAUCUUCUAGCCAGGCCGAAGCCUUGGCACAUGCUCACCCAGAAAGGCAGGGAACCAUUCAUUCGCAUGAAAAUGUUUCUGGAGGACGAUAAUGCAGUUCACAAACUUGUGGCAUCUCAGUACAAGAUAGCGCCAGAGAAACUCAUGAGGACUGGAGGCUAUGGUGUUAGCACAAGUGCUGCAGUAUCAAAGCCACUGCCACCCUCAUCAGGGAAAAUGCCUCCAAUGCCUCCCAAUCUGGACAUGAACAAAAUUGAUGGAAGUGCAAUAGGAGCUCUGAAUUACCUGCACCCUCCACCUCCAACUUCGCUCCAUUCGAGUUCGCCGCACCACAUGCCACCAACCACUCAAGCUGCUCUCGACCAAAUCAAAAAAUCGCACUCAAUCUCAUUGCCACAACAAUGCGCAACUUUGCAACAACAUCAACAACAGCAGCAGCAGCAACAGCAAAAUCAACACCAGAACCAGACUCAGCAUCCUCUCCCGCCUCAAGCUCAACCACAACAACCGCAAUCACAACAUCCAACACAACCUAAUCAACAUCAGAACCAGCAACCACCGAAUGCCAACCAACAGCUGGGUCCGCAACAACAAAACUCACAACAACAGCAGAUGCCACAACAGCCUGGACAACAGCAGCACAUGAGAGCGUUGAACCAGCAUGUUGCACCCACUGUCUAUGAAAUGGCUGCACUCACCCAAGACCUUGACACUCAGUUCAUCACCACAAAAAUAAAGGAAGUUCUGCUUGCAAACAACAUUGGCCAAAAGAUAUUUGGUGAAGCAGUUCUUGGACUAUCGCAGGGAUCUGUGAGUGAGCUGCUAUCAAAACCCAAGCCAUGGCACAUGCUCAGUAUAAAAGGGAGGGAGCCGUUUAUCAGAAUGCAACUGUGGCUGACAGAUACAAACAACAUUGAUCGUCUACAAGCGAUCAAAACCGAACGAAGAGAACUGAACAAAAGACGGAGAGGAUCUGGACAACAAGACAACAGCAGUGACACCUCCUCCAAUGACACAUCCGAGUUCUACCACUGCAGCGCCAACAGUCCACCCAGUGCCAAGAAACAGAGAGUUCUGUUCUCAGAAGAGCAAAAGGAAGCUUUACGACUUGCAUUCACACUCGAUCCAUACCCCAGUCUAGCCACAACUGAAUUUCUUGCAAACGAACUGACACUCUCAUCCAGAACUAUCACAAACUGGUUUCACAAUCACAGAAUGAGGUUAAAGCAGCAAUCACCUCACGGUAGUGAUAGUGGCCAAUCGAACCGGGAGAACCAAGGCUCCGGCUUUGAUCCCGUGCAGUUCAGGAUGUUACUUAGCCAGAGACUUGGCCUAGGCAGUUUGCCAGGACUGCCCUUUCCCCCACCCUAUUUCCCUCCAAACCCUGAGCUGGCCGCUCUGAUUUCGCGAGGAAUGCUUCCUCUGCAGGAGCAGGAUGCUGGACUGGAUCUAAGUGUGAAGCAUGAAGGAACCGACUAUGAAGACAACGAUAGCAGAUUGGAUUCUGAAGAAUCGGACUCAGGAACUCCGGAUCUGACACCAUGUCAGGUUCCUGAGCCACGAACAAAUCGAAGGAAACCGGCGGCUCCUCAGUGGGUGAACCCGGACUGGCAGGAAGAGCCCGAAGUGAUAAUAAACGGUGUGUGUGUUAUGCAGACAGACGACUACAACGAGAGAGAGAGGGUGAGCGAAACUGUGCGAGUGGAGCCAACACCAGUGAUGGAGGAGGAUGAUGAUGAUGACGAUGAUGAUGACGACGAGGAGGAGCAAGUGACUGCGGAUGAUCAGCGCCCUCAGCCGGCUGCCUCCUCCGAUGCGCCCAAGGCCGAGAUCAAGGAGGAGCCUCAGCCGCCCCAGCCUGCUAACGAUGAACAGCCAACUAAAAGUAGCGGAGAAGACAGUGAACGCCACAAAGUCAAACAGGAGAAUUGGGAUAGUGAAUUUUAGGCAUUUAAACCCACCAACGGAUUGUAGCAGAUAAAAUUUCGGUUCCUUUAAAACGGGUCAGUGUUAGACGAGUAAUUAGUGUUUAACUUAUAGUAAAUAUAUUCUGCUUACCACGAAAUAAGCGCCAACCACGUUCUUUCUCGAAGGAAGUCCGUUGUAAAAAUAUAAUGAAAUUUUGGUCCAUUGUAUAAAGUCUAGACUAUAAAAGACUUACUAUUAUUAAGUCAUCGUUUCAUAGCUCGCUUAUGAUCUCAACAACUUAUUAACUCCAGAAGGAUUUUAUAAAUCCUUGUAGUUAUAAUUUAUUAUCAUGAAUCAUGAGACUGUUUGUUAAAAGUACUUUAGUCGAUAACUGAAUUGAAUAAAUUUUAUUGCACAUACAUUUCAUAAGUAGGAAUAUCGAAUACUCAUUUCGAUAUAAACAAUUUUAAAAAUAAUCAUAUCAGUUGAUCCUUGUUGUGUGUCUUACUAGUGGAUGGAUAAGGUUGUUGGACUGGUCACUGGACAGUGGACAGUGGACACUCCCCGUGACAAACA